CCUUUGAUAAAUACUUCUGCAAAGAAUAACCUAUUCCAAUAUUUGGCACAUAUCAAACAUAACCUCAUCAUCAAAGAUUCAAAUUGUCCAUUAAAUUCCCUUUUGAGUAAUGUCUACUAAAUUGAAAUUGUAUAUUGGAAGAAAGAUUAUUGAAUGUUUGAAAAAACCGACAACAGUCACACCAACAGAGCUACUACCAUGGAUUCACAUAGGAAAAAAUCUCAGCGAAAAACAUAUAGAAAUGGCCAUACCGUUAGAUAUAUUAGAAAAAAAUCUAGGAAUUACAAAUAUAUCCGAGAUAUUGAAAAUACAACCGGAUGAUAUAAUUCGAAAUAUUUCUUAUGCCAAUAACAGAGCAAACAGAAAAGUACAGUUCGAAGUGGAAAGAAACAUUUUUAUCAAAGAUGUUAUGGAGAAUUGUGCUAAGCCUGAUUUCAAUUUAAAACCAAAGACCAUCGUCUUUGAAUAUAGUUCUCCAAAUAUAGCCAAACCAUUUCACUUUGGCCAUCUUAGAUCGACUAUAAUAGGUAACUUUCUUAGCAACCUCAAUAAAUUUUUAUACAAUAAAGUAACCAGACUAAACUAUUUGGGCGAUUGGGGUACCCAGUUUGGUUUCAUAAAAGUUGGUAUUGAUGAGUUGAAAUAUAGUAAAGAAAAUAUAAAAAAUAACCCUCUUAAAUUAUUGUACGAGUCUUAUGUAUUUGCAAAUAAAUUAUCUGAGAAAGAUGCUUCUGUUUCUGAAAGAGCUAAAAUAGAAUUCAAAAAACUAGAGAGUGGUUCCCCUGAACUACUAGAUAUCUGGAAGGAAUAUAUGGGCUACACAAAAGAUGAAUUAGAAAUUAUUUAUAGAAGGCUAGGUGUUGAGUUUGAUGAGUAUUAUUAUGAAUCCAUGUAUAGUGCCAAUAACAUACAAAACAUCAUUGAUAAAUUACAAGAAAAAAAAGUUAUUCGGAAGGACUCAGAUGGAAAACUUGUUGUUUCUAUUGAUAAAAAAAUUAUUUCUGUCCUCAAAAGUGAUGGGUCUACCUUAUACCUUACAAGAGACAUAGCGGCAGCAAUAGAUAGAUUUAAUAAAUAUAAAUUUGACAAAAUGUAUUAUGUAGUUGAUAAUAGUCAGAGCGAACAUUUCAAAACUUUGAAAGAAAUGUUGUAUCGUCUUGACCUACCAUGGGCUAAUCGAUUACAUCACAUCAAAUUCGGAAGAAUCAGAGGAUUUAGUACAAGACGAGGAAAUGCAGUAUUUCUGAAAGAUAUCUUGGAUGAAUGCAGAGAAAAGAUGAUACAAAAACAGAUAACUUCCCCUACUACCAAAGUACCUAUUGAAGAUAAUGAAACAUCUGAUACUUUGGGUGUUUCUUGUGUAAUAAUAAAUGAUUUAAAACAACGUAGACAGAAAGAUUAUGAAUUUGCAUGGGAUAAUGUUUUACAAGUUCAAGGGGAUACUGGGGUUAAGCUACAAUAUACUCACUGCCGACUCCAUAGUUUAGAAGAAAACUGUGGGAUAAAACUACCCCAACAGCUAAUUCCAGAAAUAUUAGUUGAACCUGAUGCUUUAAAUCUCAUAAGAUCAAUUGCCAAAUUCCAAGACGUUCUUUAUGAAACUGAAGAAAAAUAUGAAGCUUGCAUUUUAGUUAAUUAUCUAUUUCGUCUUUGCAAUGACAUAAGUAAGUCUUUGAAGGUCCUCAAAAUAAAAGGAAGUGAGCCUGAUGUAGGUGCUCAAAGAUUGUUGUUAUUUGUGAAGGCUAGAGAAGUACUUCAUGCUGGAAUGUCAAUUAUUGGGCUGAAUCCCUUGAAAAAAAUGUAGUCUUCCAAAUACAAUUUCAAUCUCC